AUGGCCGCCUUUUUCAACCAAUCAGCGACAAGCCCGCGUUCUCGCCAUCGCGUCAUUGUGGUGAAGAGCGUCGCGGAUGCUAUCUGUGAAGUGCGGCGCUGUGUUUGGUUGUGCUAUUGGACUCUGAAGAUGUCGACGUUGAGUGUGAGGGCACCCGGUCUGCAGACCACCACGCUGCUGGAGAGUCGUUCAAUGCGCGUGCGUGGGGUGACGAAUCUUGAUGGCGUCAGGAGGAACUUGUUUGGAUGUACAGAUAGGGAGGAAAACAGAAGGUUUGCGGAGAGAGAGUUGGCUCGCCAGUUGAAGCAAGAUAGCGAGAAAUGGGGCUUUGAUUUUGCGAAAGAGGUGCCCUUGCCUGGUGAGCAGCGGUUCGUGUGGAGCCUGGUGCCGGCGGCAGCCAUCCCUGCGGCGUUGAGACGAGCACCUAUCACCAUAGCUACACCACAGCCGAAGGCACCCUCGCAAGACGCGAAAAUGUCCAGUCCAGAGAGCAGCAGUAAAACUCAGAAGAGAAUUACAGAUUACCUGAAACCACGCAAGCGGUUAUCGAAUGGCGGGAAAAAAUCCCCCGCGCACAAGCACGAGUGUGGACACAGAGCACAUAUUCGUCCACCCAAGGUCGCGCGUCUCGCGCCCGCACACUUCAAGCGGCCCAGCUAGGCCCAGCCAUGCCAAAAUACUCAACCUGGUCAGCAGACAAUUGUCAUAACAACCACACAAUUGCAAAUCGGAUUCUAACUCCAUGCAAUUCUCAUCAAUUAUACCAAAAACUUUCUAAAUGCAGUGGGUACACCCAAAUCUUUCUAUCAUCCAUCGGAUGCAAAUGCAUAAACUGAGCAGCAGCGAAACUGACAUAGUUUAGGUUGAGUUGGAUAUACAUUGUGCAAAUUUAUUUUAUUUCCUAAUUUAUUUUGAAUGUGAUUGUUUUCGCGUGGAGAACAAUUUAUUUAAAGUUAAGUAAUUUUAUAAGAUAGUUUCGAACGUUAUACCAAGGUUUAAAAUAAGACUCUGGACUUUGCAGUACGUACGCGCGCCAUGCAUUUUGGGUCUGCCGAUUUUAACACAGCUUGUAAUAGAUAGAUUAGAUUUUCCCCAUAGUUAUAUCACAUCUCAUCACAAUAUUGUUUUGCUCAAAUGCUUUUCACAAUCAGCACAGACGGAACACAUCUAAUAGAAUCACGACCGCUAAACAAACAAGACCUCUUGCAAUAUUUACAAUAUUUAUAGAUUUAUUUAUAAGUUUUAUGAUCUCUUUUGACGCCUAGACAUAAUUAUGAUUAAGCGUAGUAAUAAUUAGAGCUAAGAUUUCAGGUUAAAAUUAAGUUUUGGGUCAUAUUUCUCCUGCGAGCUAUUCUCCUCCUCGAUGGUCAUAAAUGUAAAUGCCUUGAAAGUGUUAAAAUUAUUCCGUUUCAGAAUAAAAUUUUGACUGGUAAUCAUUCGAACAAUUUCGAAGCAUUUCAGAAAACUCAGUCAAACUAAAGAUUCUCUUCUAUCGUUUUCGUGAUUUCACACGAGAAAGAUAAGAGAGAUUUCACCUAGCUCUACAUAUAAAAAAUAUGGAGAUGUUUCUUUUUUGAAGAUUAUGUAUGGACAGUGUUUUAGUGUAGACAAAAUACAAAUACUCAAGUGAACGCGACCACUUUUGUUACCUCACUAGUAACAGAAACAAUUGCCGAUAAUUUAAAU